AUGUCUGAUACACAUCGCUUCGAAAUACCCACCUCACUCAGCGAUGCUUCAAUUUACCAGUUUUUUGACAAAAAUUUUGACACUUGGUACAAAUGUUUUGUUAAACACUGGUCGACUCAUCAUUUAACGCAUCCAUGUCGUGCAAAAGAUGCAGAAAUUAAUGGUUGCAUGCUGGCAUUUGUCAUUGAUGGAAUGCAAAAGGUUGCACGACCGAUAUGCAAAAAUAAAAAUAAAUGUAUAACAACUGAAGAAUUUCCAGAUUUUCUCUAUAUUGGUUGUGGCAAUACACCUAAAUCAAAAACAGGCUUAUGUGAGACAUGCCAACAACAGAGAAUUCUCUCUGAUAAUGAAACAUGCUUGACUACAAAUGAUGACAAUGGCAUUUAUGAUGAUCCAACAACAGGAUGCAAUGUCUCUAGAGAAGACCGUUUUGUCGACGUCGACAAAAAAAUAUCACAAGGUAUUAUUUAUACAAUAUCGCCAUGUGGUGUUAUUAUUGGCUUUGAUGAGCUAUACCGUUCUGAAUCUUGUUUCAUGACUCUGUGGCAUCUAUUCAAAAUAAUCAGACUGAUUGAUGUUUACAAUUAUAAAUACUUGCCAAGCAUCAUUAUUUAUGAUAAUGCGUGCAGUUUAUUCAUCUACUUUUGGAAUCGAUAUAAAAACAACGAAAUCAAUCGACGAAUUGUAAAGACUCCAUCAUCGGAAUUUGUCUCUAAAUGUUCUUUCUUUAUUGACCAAUUUCACCAACCCAACCAUAGGCGUCCUAUGUGUCAAAAAGACAGAAACAUAGAUUUUAAAACUAACAGUGAAACCACAAAAAAGAUUAAUACUGAAGCUGCUGAACAGCGAAAUAGUGUAUUAAAACAAUAUCAAAAUGCUUUAUCAUCAUACUCGGGACAAAAAGUUCGAGUGGCAUAUUUGAUUUUAUUCCAUUUAAUGAAUUGUGAACGCAAUACAUGUGACAAUCAGUUUGAAUAUAAUCGAAGAUAUGCUACAAAAGUACCAUCAAGUAAGUCACUUAUUAUCUUCUUAAAAGAAUAUCCGACAGUUCGUAAUAAAAUAUAA